AUGGGGAAUCUCUCUUCUGAAACUUGUGUUUCUUUUCAGACAAAUCUUCCCAUCUUCAAGCUGAAAGAAUCCACAGUCAGAAGAAGAUAUAGUGACUUUGAAUGGCUGAGGAAUGAACUAGAAAGAGAAAGCAAGGUUGUGGUACCACCGCUACCAGGAAAAGCUCUUCUCCGUCAGCUCCCAUUUCGAGGAGAUGAUGGUAUAUUUGAUGAUUCUUUUAUAGAGGAGCGGAAGCAGGCUCUUGAACAGUUCAUAAACAAGGUUGCUGGCCACCCCCUGGCACAGAACGAGCGCUGUCUUCACAUGUUCUUACAAGAUGAAGUAAUAGACAAAAACUACACACCAUCCAAAAUAAGACAUACUUGAGUUCUGAAACCAUCUUCUCGAAUGUUAGUGGUUCUCAUGCUUGGUUUUAAGAGGUUGUAGUUUGUCUUAGCAUGCUGAGGAUAAAUGGGCACAAAGCCUCCACUAACAUCAGUACACUGCUUGGUCUUUGCGUAUGCUUUAUAGCAUUAAAGAACUCACUUGUCUUUUAGCUGAAUCCUUCUGAAUUCUUGAUUUAAGAGUAUUAAACUGAGACCAUCCACCCCUUACAAUGUCUCACAAGCCUUUCCACCCUUAUUUGCAAUGACUUAACAAUGUUUACUGACUUGGCCUUACUUGAACUUGCACAGUUGUAGUGUCACGUGUGCACUUGUAUAUGACUAAACUGCUUUGCUAUUUCUGAGGUAGUCAUCUGUCUGAACUUCUGUAGAAAAACUGCUUUAAUUCAGAUACCCUGUAUGAGAAACACUUAUGCAAUUGUCUUCAUGCUUGUAAAACACUUUAUACUGAAGCAAUGAGGGAAUUAUCUUUAUAUUCUGUAAGAGGGAAAAAAAUCAGAUUUAUAUGCUAAAAUAACUUGUCUAAAGUUUUGAAAUAAAAGUGAAAAUGCACUUCAAAUGUUGUCACUCUUGA